CCCAUGGCCAAGGGGAAGGGGCGAGAGCGCUGAUGCCGGCUCAAAACCCAGCUCUUAGUGUGGAAUAAUUCAUGUUCGAGUCUUAAAUGUAUCCUCUUUUUUUUUUUUAGUUUUUUCGCUCUGUUCAAGCCCAGCUGCGUGCAAAUGGGUGUGUGUUAGCGAGGUGUGGCUGCGUGGGGGUUUGGAAUCAGCCAAACACAGAAUGACCCAGUCCAGGGCUUACCCUUAGUGAUUUAGAUGUUGCCAAGAGGCACCUGAGGGACGAGGGAAACUGGGAGCUGCUGAAAGGUGGAAAUGCUGAUACAGGACCCGAGGGAAGGGCAGGAAGCUCUCUCAGGGGAGAGGAGAUGUUAGGAUAGGGAGAUAUUAGGAGAGGAGAUAUUGGGAUUUUAGGAAAGGGUUUUUCACCCAGAGGGUGGUCGGGCACUGAUCAGCUCCCCAGGGAAGAGGGGAGCACUGAACUUGACAGAGCUCAAGAAGGGUUUGGACACUGCUGGCAGGCACAGGGUGGGAUUGUUGGGGUGUCCUGUGCUGGGCCAGGUGUUGGACUGCAUGAUCCUUGUGGGUCCCUUUAAAUUCAGGAUAUUUUGUGAUUCUGUCUUUUUUUCCUUAUGCUCUGCUGUUUUACGUGUCCUGCCACACCUCCAUCCUGACUGUCCUUCCUCCUGGCUUCUCUCUGCCACCUCCUCUGCCUGGCACUUUGUUCUGAGAUUAUUUGGAUUCCUGUUGGCAUCCUUGGCUGCUUGGUAUUUGGGAUACUUUCUUGCUGCUCAUGUACCCCAAAAUACAGUAUCUAUUGCUGCACUUCAAGAGAUUGGAAAGAAACCAGUGUUGAGGGCCCCAGCCCCCAAAAGGCAGAAGUGUGACCUCUGGGCUCCCUGCCCUCCUGGGAACUUCGUCUAUCGCAUCCUCAGUGGCGGUGGCAAACAGAGGAGGCCUAAAAUCUGUUUUGAGGAUGAGGAGUUUAUAAAUGAAGGGAAUUAUGAACUUGGAAGUGGUAUAAUCAUAGCCAUUGUGAAUUAUAAAACAGGAAAACUCAUGUCGAUAAACUUUUUUGAAAUGUGGGCAGGAGAGCACUCAGGGGAGAUGAUGGAUUUCAUCAGGAAAGCACCAGAAGGGACCCUCCUUCUAAUGGCCACUCACGAUGAUGGCAGUGCCAGGUUGAAAGGUGACGCCAAAAAGUUAUUAGAAGAACUGGGAAGUAAAGAAAUAAAGAAUAUAAAGUUCAGAUCAAGUUGGGUUUUUAUAGCUGCCAAAGGCUUCAAGCUGCCAGAAAAUAUCCAAAAAGAAAAGAUAAACCACUCUGAGAAGACAAAGAACAGAUACAAAGGCUGGCCAGCUGAAAUUCAAAUAGAAGGCUGUAUCCCAAGAAACCUGAUCUGAACAAAUGCAUACCUCAUUAAUAAAGACAAUUCUCUAUUUUUA